AUGUCUCUUCACAAAGAUGCCCUGAGAACCACAAGCCAGACAGCCCUGAAAACCACGUAUCUUAUACAGACAGGAGUUGGGUCUAUGGCCAAUAUCAUCCUUUUCCUUCACAACAUCUCUCCAAUCUUGCUUGGCCACAACCAGAGACCCACACCCACAAUUCUUGCCCACAUAUCCCUAGCCAAUCUUUUGUUUCUUCUGUCCUCUGGGAUUCCCCAUAUAAUGACAGCUUUUGUUUUGGGAAACCCCCUCUCCAGCCUCGGGUGUAAGUUUGUGUAUUACAUACAGAGGGUGGCUCGCAGCACCGCCCUGUGCUCCACCUGCGUCCUGAGCACCUAUCAGUCCUUCACGCUCACCCCCAGGAGAGCGGAGUGGGUGAUGCUCAGAGGAAGGGCCCCCAGGGUCACUGGCCCUUCCUGCUGCACCUGCUGGGUGCUCAGUCUCUUAAUGUACAUCUACGUUCCUGUGAAAAUCACUGGUCCUUGGGAUAGAUACAACAAUACUGAUUCCCAAGGCAAGUGGUUCUGCUCAAUCUCAGGUACUGUCACAGGCUUUGGCUACUUUUGGUUCAUCUCUGAUGCCACGUUUAUUACCCUCAUGGUCUGGUCCAGUGGCUCCACGGUGCUUCUCCUGCACAGACACCACCAGAGGGUGCAGUAUCUUCACACCCACACUGGGCACCAUAGAUGCCCCCCGGAGACCAGAGCCGCCCACACCAUCCUGAUGCUCAUGGUUGCCUUCGUCACCUUCUACCUGCUGAAUUACAGUUUAGUUUUCCAUAUCAGUGCCACUUCAGAUUUUCGCCUGUGGUUGCUCCAGGUCUCUAAUAUCUUGGUUUCUUGUUUCCCCACUAUUUUCCCCUUCCUGCUGCUCCUGAGGGAUCCUAGAACGCCUAGGUUCUGCUCUUGA